UCACGGGGCUCUGACAACCUGGUGGUGCCGGAAGAAAAGAUGGCGGAUCAUGAGGAGCAGCUAUCCGAUGAGGAGAAGGUACGCAUAGCAGCCAACUUCGUCAUCCACGCCCCCCCUGGAGAGUUCAACGAAGUCUUCAAUGAUGUGCGAUUGCUGCUCAACGAUGACAAUCUCCUCAGGGAAGGUGCAGCGCAUGCGUUUGCACAGUACAACCUGGACCAGUUCACCCCCGUGAAGGUGGAGGGCUACGACGAGCAGGUCCUCAUCACAGAGCAUGGCGACCUCGGGAACGGCCGCGUUCUGGACCCCAAGAAUAAGAUCUCCUUCAAGUUCGACCACCUGAGGAAGGAGGCCAGCGACCCGCGGCCUCAGGACGUGGACGGCUCCCUGGAGAGCUGGAGGAGCGCCGUGGACUCGGCCGUCAGGGUCUACGUCAAGGAUCACUACCCCAACGGAGUGUGCACCAUUUAUGGGAAGACCAUCGACGGACAACAAACCAUCAUCGUGUGCAUCGAGUGCCAUCAGUUUCAACCAAAAAACUUCUGGAAUGGACGCUGGAGGUCGGAGUGGAAGUUCACCAUCUCCCCCUCCUCCACUCAGGUGGCGGGAAUCAUGAAAAUCCAGGUUCAUUACUAUGAGGACGGAAACGUUCAGCUGGUGAGCCACAAGGAGGUCCAGGAGUCCAUGACCAUGUCUAAUGAGGGGUCCACCGCAAAGGAGUUUGUGAAGAUCAUGGAGGCUGCAGAGAACGACUAUCAGAUGGCCAUCAACGAGAAUUACCAGACCAUGUCGGACACUACCUUCAAAGCCUUACGCCGCCAGCUUCCUGUGACGCGCACCAAGAUCGACUGGAACAAGAUCCUGAGUUACAAGAUCGGCAAAGAGAUGCAGAAUGCUUAAAAAAAGAAAAGAAAAAAGAUAAAAACAGCAGAGAAAAGAAAACAGACAGACCCCCGCCCCCGCCCCUCCUCCCCCCACCCCGUUAACAACGUUGCAUGACUGGGUAGUUGUAUUGUCUUUGUACAAAAAGUGAGAGGAAACGGGAGGGAAAGGUCUGGGCCCAUCGCCGUGUGACGACGGCCGCUCCUCGCCACCAUCAUGGGAGUGUUGACCAAACACACCGUAUGCAAACACGGCGCGUCGCAUGGGGGUGAGCCCCGGCCUUUACUCCCACCCGACGGAAAACCUUCCAAAACAGCCUCAGACCCGCGGUUCGUGUCCCAGACAGUCGGUUUGUGUUUGGUGACUGGGAUGUUUGGCACAUGCAGCCUCACUGUCAAUGUUCUUGUUCCCUCGGUUUGGUACUCUCCCCCCCCUUCGCCCCGCCCCGCCCCCGCCUCACCCGUCAGAUCUCAGACUCCCCACCAGGCUGGACAAAGCUUCACUAACAGUCAUCAGUAAUGUGCAUCAUGUCCCAGUUCCAAUAAAAUGAAAAGUCUCACUCGCUCCUCCAGUGCUUAUUUUUAUGACUGUAUUAUAUGACAAGGCACACUGUAAUAUAUACCUGUAUGAAACAUCCUGUCUGUCGGUUUGGUGGUUUAUUUCCAUGAGAUUAAUUGUAAUUCAGUCACAAUUAUGUUGCAUUAAAUGACAAAUUUUCUAUUUAC